GUUGUUUCAAACCAUUGUAGUCCGGAAGCCGGACCGUGGUGUGUGCUUAUCCAGUUUGUAGAACGCGUUCAGUUCCUCCGCAAUGGCAGAAUUCGGGAAAAUAACAGAUGUGAGAACAACAGCAGAUGCUUUUGGAGGCAUUCCACAACCACCCCUAUAUGGUUUGCACCCACCACCUUACUCUGCGAUUUCGUCCCCCAAUCCCUCUGUACUUCAGACAAAUGAAAACUAUGCUCCUCCUGGAUAUCAACCCAACUACCCUGCAUCUCCACCAUACUCACCAUAUCCAACAUACCCAACAGCACCACAACCCUCAAAUGCUCAUCCACAAUAUGCUGGCUAUCAGAAUCCAGUUGUUGCAACAUCUGUGGCUUUUGCUGCACAGAAUACUGGUGCUGCAGCUGCUGCUCCAAUUUUAUCUGACUUUGUCAACCAGCAGCAUCCUACUUCAGUUCGUGUCUUCAAUACACAAAGUACUGCAUCAACAUAUGUUGUCAACCAGCAGCAACAUGGAUCAACAUAUGUUAUCAACCAGCAGCAAAUUGCACCAACAUUUGUUGUUAAUCAGCAACAUCCUGCAGCACCAGUGGUUCUGAUUCAGUCUGGUAAUGUUGCAGAAGGAAAUCGUAUAACCAGAGGUUAUCCAACAGAAAUGACCCUUCAACAAUCUGCACAAAAUGUAUCCAAAGCUUUAGCAAAUAUUGCCUUGUCUGAUAUAGGACGUGCAAUACAUUCUUCAACAAGAAAUAAGGAGAAGCAAGUAACUGUUACAACUGGAGGAAAUCAUGUGAUCAUAUACAAGUGAAGGAAAAUGGAAUUAACUGUAGUGUGUAUACACAGCUCGACAAAGAAUGUUGCCUUUGUACCAUAUACAAUAUGCAUAAUUGUAAACUCCUGUACUUGUACUAAUCAAUAAAUUCAUAGCUUAAAAUGCAAGAUUUAAGCAUAAAAUAUAAAAGAUGUAAAAUGUUUGAGAUUAGUUUUGUAGUGCUCUGUAAUUUCUAUCAAGAGAUGUAAAUUGUAGGACUGUUUUUGCUAUAGAUUACCUGAGGGACUACACUGUGCAGAUAAUUUGAAUUAUUCUAUAGGCAUUUACCAGUUUUUUUAAAAUGCAUGUGGACAUCGAUAUCAUAAAGCAGAUUAAAAUUC